CGUCGCCCUGAGCUCAGUCAGUGCGAGAGGCAGCGGAGGGCUGGCGGUAGGUAGGGCAUUACCUUCGCCAGGCCUCGGGUUAAAAAUAAAUAAAUAAGUCUCCUGCUUCCAGGCGGCCGCCGAACCCGAGGCUCUUGCGGCGGGCAGGGCAGGCGGGGCCGGGCAGUGGCAGGCGAGAAGGGAGCUGGGGUGGCAGCGGUGGGAGGCUGAUCGGGCCGUUGCUGCCCUACGGCUGACCGGGCUGUCAGUGGGGCCUGGGCCUUCGGGGGAGACGAGAGGACGCGGACUGAGCGGCCGAGAGGGACGGCGGUUUGGGGGGGGGGGGGGGAAGAGGCAAGAAGCGCGUUGCUCUGGCCGGCGAGCUGCCCGGGAGAGGCUCGCCGCUCACACACUGGAGCACAGGAAUAUUUCUGCUGAUAUAAGUGAUACAGCAGAGUGAGGAUGUUCAACAAGGGGACUGCAGCUCUAUUCCAGAUUAAAACUGGAUAUGUCUUUUAAUGACAGAUGUGCAGUUUGGUGCCAUAUCAGACUUCAUUUUACAUUGUAUCCUGGAACAUUUUAAAUAAGAACCCUUUCAACCUUCGACAAAAAGAAAUUGUUCUAUUGUGUGCUUUCUAAAACAUAAUCGACUUGGCUACUGAUUUUGCAGCCAUUAUGAGUAGUACAUUAGGAAAAGAAAAGGACUGCAAAGAAAAGGACCCUAAAGUUUCUUUGGGAAAGGACAGGGAAAGGGAUGCAAAAGCUUCUGGUGGCUUUGGAAAAGAUGGUAAAGAGAGAGAAUCCAAAACCAAAGGGAAAGAUGCCAAAGAAGGAAAAAAGGAAUCCAGUGGGGUACAACCAGGUGUGCAAUUCCAAGUGGACAAUACAAUAAAACGGCCAAAUCCUGCACCGGGACGUAAAAAAUCUAGUAAUGCUGAAGUGGUUAAAGAGUUAAACAAGUGCCGUGAGGAGAAUGCAAUGCGUUUGGACUUGGCUAAAAGAUCGAUUCAUGUUCUUCCAACGUCAGUCAAAGAAUUGACCCAAUUAACUGAGCUUUAUUUGUAUAGUAACAAAUUGCAGUGUUUGCCAGUAGAACUGGGAUGCCUUGUGAACUUGGUCACCCUGGCACUGAGUGAAAAUUCGCUUACAAGUUUGCCUGACUCUCUUGAUAACUUGAAGAAACUGCGAAUGCUUGAUUUACGGCAUAACAAACUUCGAGAAAUCCCUGCAGUAGUGUACAAGCUGAUCUCCCUUACCACUCUUUACUUACGGUUUAAUCGUAUAACUACUGUGGAGAAGGAUAUCAAAAAUUUAUCCAAACUUACAAUGCUGAGUAUCCGUGAGAACAAAAUUAAACAGCUCCCUGCAGAAAUAGGUGAACUCUGUAACCUCAUAACACUGGAUGUGGCUCACAACCAGCUUGAACACCUGCCAACGGAGAUUGGCAAAUGCACACAAAUCACAAAUCUUGACUUGCAACAUAAUGAGCUGCUUGAUCUGCCUGAAACUAUAGGUAAUCUGUCCAGUCUGAGUCGUUUGGGGCUGAGGUACAACAGGUUGUCGGCUGUACCCAGAUCACUGGCAAGGUGUAGUGAAUUGGAUGAGCUUAACCUAGAGAACAAUAAUAUCUCAACAUUACCUGAGGGUCUUCUUUCAAGUCUUGCAAACUUGACCAGUUUAACAUUAGCAAGGAACUGCUUCCAGUCAUAUCCAGUUGGUGGACCCUUGCAGUUUUCUACUAUCUACUCUCUCAACAUGGAACAUAACCGCAUCAAUAAAAUACCUUUUGGAAUCUUCUCCAGAGCUAAAGUGUUGAGUAAGCUGAAUAUGAAGGACAAUCAGCUAACUUCACUUCCAUUGGACUUUGGAACCUGGAUAAGUAUGGUAGAACUGAACCUUGCCACUAACCAACUCGCAAAGAUUCCAGAAGAUGUUUCGGGACUGGUUUCUCUGGAGGUUCUUAUCUUAUCAAAUAACCUUCUUCGAAAAUUGCCUCAUGGCAUUGGACACUUAAGAAAACUGCGAGAGUUGGACUUGGAAGAAAAUAAACUUGAAUCUCUUCCAAAUGAAAUUGCUUACCUUAAGGAUCUGCAAAAACUGGUCUUAACCAACAAUCAGCUGACUACGCUUCCUAGAGGAAUUGGUCACCUAACCAGUCUGACUCACCUUGGCCUGGGAGAGAACUUGCUAACUCACUUACCUGAAGAGAUCGGUACACUGGAAAAUCUGGAGGAAUUGUAUUUAAACGAUAAUCCUAACCUGCACAGCCUUCCCUUUGAGCUGGCACUCUGCAGCAAGUUGUCCAUCAUGAGCAUUGAGAACUGCCCACUCAGCCAUCUUCCAGCACAGAUUGUAGCUGGUGGUCCGUCCUUCAUCAUCCAGUUCCUGAAGAUGCAGGGCCCUUAUCGUGCCAUGGUUUGACUGAAUCAAAAUGUUGCAUACACUGUACAAAAUAUAAAUUGCAUUACUGUCAUUAUAUAUAAAGCAAUUUUACUAAGACUGCAGUAUGUGUUUCUGGUAAUAGAGGAAUUGUAGCCAUUUAGAAUUUUUUAAAAACCUGUAAAGAAUUACAGUGCUGGACUGAGGUUUCAUGUGAUAAGUACCAUUCUUUUUUUGUGAGUGGGGGGUGGGAAUGGAUCUUGCAAAAUCAUAAGCAUGAUUUUAUGUAGUAUGCAUUGAAGGUAUUACUUUGUGUAUUUAAUACGCAAUGUAAUAUUUCUUUGCAAUUAACACUCAAAAUGGCAGGCAUAGGACCUGGGGAAUUCUCCUCUGAAUAUGUAGGUGCCAAUUACAUUCUUAUUUUAUCUUGCAACUUUGAUUUCUGCCACUAGAUAGUAAAUCAUGGUCAUUAUUGCAAAAGCCUAUAAAUGCUUCAGGCCUGCCAUUUUCCUUCGUGUCCCAGUCUAAUUCUGUGAUUGAAAGUUAAGUCAUGAAGUUUUAGGGUGGAAGGGAAGAUUUAGAAAAGAGAGAAAAGGUGUUUUCUUUUUGUUUUAAAAAAAAGGGAAGAAAAAUGCAAGGUAAGCUAGGAGCAUAAGUUUGAGAGUGUACAAAAGACAAGCAUAUACAAAAGCCAAUGGUGGAAGAACAAUUAAACCAAAGAGAGACAAAAAAUGCAAAUUAGGGCAAUGCGGAGAAAGUUUAAAAAAUCUCCUCCCCACGCAAAUGUUUUGUAUAUUUGAAAAAGACUACUUAAAUGAUUUUUCCGGGAGUAAAAUAUUGUCCUUAUAAAUAAUUUCUGUAUAUUCUUGAUCAGUUCCAUCAUAGUCUCUAAGAUUUGCCACUUGAUUUGAGCAAUGGUGUGAUGCUGACAGGCAAUAUUUGUAUAAUACAGAUACACUGGUCGUACACUGCAUUGCUUCAUAGUUUGCCUGUACUGUAGUCUAUGUAGUAUACACAGGAAUAUGGCUUUUAAAGUUUGUUUCCCAUUAUUUCAUUAUCUUCUCCCAUUGAUGUGCAAAGAGGAGCUUAAGAGCAAAUCAAAGGGAUACUCCCAGACUCAGCUCAUGUUUUCCUAAGUGAUCCAUGGGAAGGACUCGCAUAAUGUAACUUUUCUCCCAUGUACAAUCUGAAACAUUUUGGACCAUGGAUGAAUAAAAAAUGUUUUCAGUUUCCCGAAUCCUGUGACAAAAUCACCUUAUUCCCCAUACCUUCACAUUUUUCAAACAGUGAUCAGUGUCAAAUCUGUUUAGGCAAUCCAAGGUUCAGUAUUUUUUUUACCCAUCCUUCAUGUUGCAUCUGCACAUGAAGCUAUGUAUGGAGGGCUAAUUUUCCUCAUACUGUACAUUUUUGCUGCUGCAUGUAUUUUUCCAAAUUGUAUGUAUGGGCUGUUCGAGUCUAGGCAGUUUACUUUUAGUUUGUUAAUGUGAAUACAAGUGCAGUAAAUCCAUGAAAAAUGUUGUUUUUAGGAACUAUUCUAUAAAUGAAAUGCACAUAGUAUUGAUAUAAACCAGUUAUUCUGUUCAGUAUUCAUCUGAGGAAUGUUCCCUAGUUGGACAUGGCUAAUUCAGUCUUUGUACAGACUAUUGCCAGUUGCUUUUAUGUGCUAGUGUGGUACAUAUCACUGCAUGUUGUCAGCAUCUUUUUGGUUACAGAAAGGCUUUUUCAUCUGAUUGCACUCCUCUCUCAAAUAAUACUGCAUUUUUAAGGCUUAAAUUUAACUAAAAAUAGUGGAAUUUUUUUCAUUUCCCUUUGAAAAGUAGACAAAAUUCGAGUUGCACUGAAAUGAAACCACUUUUGUCUUCUCCAGCUGUACGGUGAUGCUCAUUAAUAAUAACUUGUCAUUUGUCUACAUUUUGCUGUUGUCUUGAGUGGUCCUGAUCUGUUUGCUGGGGAAUUCAUGCUUUGAGCCUUGCACAAACCAUUGUGAACUUAUUCUGCACAUCAAUGUCAUUUAUGUUGUCAUAUCUCUUUCAAAUGGUUUCAAUUUCCUGCGAAAUUUGCAAGAUACAAAAUGAAGUCUGUAAACCAAGGGAUAUGUUACGGUUAUUCGACACUACAGCAAUCGUAGAAUAAGCUGUAUGCUUGCUUGCAACCAAAAUCACAACUUGGAAAACUAAACAAAUGGUUGAUUUGUUGAGAAAGUUAUUUGGUAGUUAUAUACUGCCUGAUUAUCCCUGUGAUCAUCUGUAAUCUGUAACUCCAACAAAUCGUAAAUUAGCAGCAACAAACCUAGAAGUUGCAAAAAUGAUAUUAACACAGUAUUCUUCAGGCUGACUGUGUACUUUGCUACCAGUUUAGCCUUUAUUGACUGGUUAUUUUGAUGUCAGCCAUUGCUCUCCAGCAUGUAUUGAUUAGGUUGCAUUGUGCAAUCUGCUUUACAAUGCAAACAUCUUUUUUGUACUUUGAAUGUGAGCAAGGCCAUUUCUUGGUACCAAAUCUUACCUUUGAUCUGAAGUAUUCUGCAAAUCAAAUCCUGGUGUUUAAGAGACAUAAAAAUAUAAAGUUUCUGUGGUUAAAACAUGUCAGCAAACAUAUAAAAAGCAAACACAAAAGCCAAGUGCUUUUAACUGUAUUGGACAGUAAAACUUUAAUUUGUGAAUGUGGCUAUUCCAGUGUAUAAACUGUAAGGUGCUAAUUAUAUUGAUAUAUGGGACAACAAAAUUAAGAGAUCAUGUGCUAAAUGUCAAUUUUAUCUAAAAUCUGCUGCGGUCCAUUUGUAAUAAUGUCUCUGGUUUUCAUUUUUCUCUUCAAUGCUGUGUCUGGCCUGUCUGGCCUAUCUUUGCCUUGCUAUAGAGCAUAAUCUAUUACACCGGUUAGCAGGUAUGAAAAGAAAGUCCUUUGAAUCUAAGUUUUUAAGUGAAUUGUGAAAUUUUUGUUCUUUUUCUUUAAAUACACAAUCACUCAAGGUUUUCAGCCUUAGUGAAGUUUUAAAAUUGCAGUAUUCACUUUAUUGUUGUAUUCACUGGUACUGUAAAGCAGAAAUGGAUAAUAUUCCCUUUUAAUUUACAAUUUGUCUACAGUUCAAUUUUUUUACAAAUCUAAUUGUGGGAUUCCAAUGAAGAAGUGUAUUGAGAAGCUGUGCAAUCUGUAAUCUCAAUAUUGUUACUGAACUGUUGACUGAAAGCUAAAGUGGUGGAUUUUUUUUCAUGCUUUAUGCCAUUACCUGAUAGAGUUUUUAGAAUUUUCUAAAUUAUGGUGCAAAUGUAUUCAUGAAUUCACACAGCUGCUUUAUUGGAUUAGUUGCAAAAUUCAUUUCGCUCGGAUUUCAGGUUAGACUGAUGAAAUGCAGUCGAAUUUGGUGAGUCAUAUCCAGCAAUCUGAAAAGGUUAGAUCUUUGCGAUUUUUAGCAACUCAACAUCACUUUGAAUUGUUGCUGCCUUUUGAAGUAGCUGCUAACUUCUACAGCUUUAUCACUUGGGCUCCUACUUAAAGCUGCAUUUAUAUUUUCUAGACUACAACAUUUGGAAAUCUACUAUUGAGAAGUCAAAGAUCAGUAAAUCAGACAAUUCAAGAUGCAUUUUGAAUUUAAGUGCAAUUCAUAUAAAAAAAAUUUUAUACAUGCAUAUCCCUGAUGGCAGCAGAUAACUUAUUUUCAAUUAUACUGAUGAAAUUAAUUUGGCUAACAAUCAGUAAGUCUACAAAGAAUAUUUUUUUUUAUUUUUUGCCUACCUUUUUUGGCAGGCCUUUUACCAGAUAGCACAAAAUAUUUUUGUUUGGUGGUGCAAUCAGACCAUUAGAUCCACUCACCAAAAUAAAGAAUGUACAAACUGGUUAACAAAUAUUUUUAAACCAAUUGUCAUUUAUGUCUAUAUAUAUUUAAAAAAAAUGCCUUUUUGUUUUGUUUUUAUAAAAAUCAUUCAGUGUAUCCGUGCAUUCAUUAUAAAUAGUAAAUUUGUAAAUGAGCUGUUGUUGAGUCUUUUGCAACUGUUGCAUGACUUUUUAAAGGCUUAACAGUGUACAAUUAACUUUGAUCCAUGGGUGUGGGGAAGGGGGGGUACUUUUGGCUGCUGUUUUGGAAGGAACGUUUACUUCCAUUGUAACGUUUAAAGUAAGACCUUUUUAAUAUUUCUGUUCGGGUAAGAAUAUUAAGACAAGUUUCACAGGUGAUAAUUGUAUAUCUGAUUUGCUAUUUCAUUUUGCACACAAGCAAUUGACAUUUAAAUGUUGCCAUUGUUUCUGGUGUAAACAAUAUUAAACUAUUUACUGAAACUUCA